UCUCAACGUUUCCAUUGGCUUCGCGCGGUAAAUAAUAUGAGUUAGAAUCCACGCCGCGUGAUGUGCUUCGUCCGUUAGUCGAAGACCUGGUGAUCUCGGAAUUUUUUAUUCAUUCACUUUGUUUUUUCACAUCCCAAUGCCGACCCUGGAACAUCAAGUUUAUAAAGACGUACGAGCAUCCUCGGUCGGGUCAGUUCAUUUCUUAGCAGCCAGCGGUACACCAGCAUUUUUCAUACGAUAUUCUCGUUAUUGACAUUGUAUUAUGGACCUAUGGAUAUACUAUUAUUGUCUACCCAUCAUUCUUGCCACGCAAAGUUCGGCUUUCAGUCCGAGGAACUCGAAGAGUUCGUCGCAACUGAUUCCCGCGGAUGCGGACAGCGAAUUUCAACGAGGGGUUCCAGAAGUAGUGUAUGAGGAGAAUCGAGAAACGAAGCCUUCGGUCGCCGAUAGAAGAACGACGUUACCGGGAGGAAGAAAGCUUCCGAAGCACUAUCAAGAUUGGACCAGAUGGCCUUCAGAGGUUGAUAGCUCCGAUACUUUGAACAACGAAAUUCCCGAAGACAAGUCGACGUCGCUCAAGGCCAAGGGCAAUACUGACGCACGGAAAUCGAUGACUUUUCAACAGUUGGAAAACCGAAACGCCAACAUUUAUAAUCCUUUUUUGAAACUCGACCGAUCUCCGAUAAUGGGGAAAAAAUAUACCUUCGAAGAAUUGGAAAAUAUGAACGCGAAUCAGAUGAAUUUUUAUCUCCAAUAACCCUGACAUCUGCUGCACUUGUUCGGUUGUGCGUCUUGUGUAAUGAGCCGAUAUACCACGUAGACCUCCCGCGUCGAUCUCCGCUUCACGCUUAUAAUAAGUAAGUAGUAUAAGCACGUAUAUAGCCCGGCGUUUGACACCUGAUGACUCAUGAUUAUCAAUGUUGUGACUGAGGUUGAGUUACUGUGAAAAAAAAAAAAAGCUUUGACAAGCGCCAGGCAUCGAGAUGGGUCACGAGGUACGGGGAGCUGGAGAGACUGCAGGCGUCGAAAGAUUAGAUUAGAUUUGUUCUUGUAACAACUGCAUACUGAUGAUGUGGUGAUAACGACGAGUGAGAGAAUCGGAACCUUAUCUUAAAAUUUAUCGUUCAAAAAACAUCGUAUUUUGAAUGGAGAUUAUGCGCGUCAAAUGUACCACCGACGGUUAUAUCAUUUCAAAUGUUUAAUAUUCUCCACUAAUUUAUGUGUCUCAGUAUCGGAACAUUUUUUCAACCAAUUUCGAACCGAUGUUGUAUUUUGCGGGAGAAAUAUAAUUCACGAAUAAUCUCGGUAAAUUUUUCUGCAAAUCUGUACAGAGUUCAAGGGGUUAACUGAAUAUGGAUAAAUAAAUAUAGAUUUCGUUGAAAAUUUUUUGGGAUCUCCUGUUAUUCUUUAUUUAAAAAAAAUUGAAAUAGAAAGGUGAAAAAAAAGCAAAAAAAAAAAAAAAUAUCUUUCUGCGAGAAUAACAAACUUUUGGCUUAUGUGACUAGUUGUAAUACUCAGCGGCAAUACUAACAGUAACGUGGCUUACGAUAAUAAUUAAUUAAUUUUUUACGGUCCAUAAUUCUUAAGUAUUAUAAACUAAACAUAAAAUUAAUUGCAAGUUGUA